GCGUACAAAGAAUGAAAGUGAAUGCAGUUUUGCUUGUAGAGCUGAAUGAAGAGCGGCACCGACGAAAAGUGUCCAGCCCCAUGUUGGAGAUCGACAGGUGCUUUCGACAUAUGGCCCGAGCCCAGGUCGAAGAAGAGACUUUUCCUGCCGGGUGGCGCCCGUGCGCCUCCGCCGCACUCGUUGUGCAGCACAAGGUGCGAGAUAUCGUACAGGAACUCGUUUGCAUGUACCUGCUCCUUUGUCGUGUCCGCACACCCAAUAGGCGCUCUUGGGUGUCGCGCGACGCCGGUCAGUGGCUCAAUCGGGUCGCGCCUGUCGCUGCACGACAUCCAGGAGAGGACGUCGCCCUCCAACCUCCCGGGCGGCUCUGAGCGCCCACGCAAACGCUGGCUGUGUUUUGCCGUCAGCCAGGUUCGCUGGCUGUAAUUCAACCACUGUGCAACCCCUCGCUGCUGAGCUGGGCUCCGGGCGAGGGUGCAGAUUCCGUAGCUGCCAGUGUCAAUCGGGCGUGUCGUCCACUCUCGCUCGAGCCAGCUUGCCCUGUAUUCAAACCCGGCGACGGCACCGUUGCAAGCUGUCUGGCUGUGCUGCUGGGAUUGGCGCACUUGAGGGCUUAUGGAAGAUGUUUCGAAAGUUGCUGUUCUUUUCGCGGCGGCAUGGAACGAUCGGUCCAAUUGUUCAAAGAGGUCAUCCCCGGAUUUCUGCCGCACAUGACGAGCGCAGUCGCCGUAAGGGGGGGCAAAGGUCGCAACCGGGAUGCCUGCCGGGAGCAUUUCCGUAACGAAUCUCGAGAAAGUUGAGCCUCUCCAGCCCAGAAAGGCUUUGGAAUGCCCCAGCACAUGCAUAUCGGCCAAGGCGUUGAGCUCGCGUUCUGCGAGCCUGCUGCUACCCGAUAUGACGCGCACACCAAGGACGAGGGCCACCUCUGCCUCAAAUUCGCGCAAAAUCCAAGCCGUCUCUUUGUACUUCUUGCCCAGCGGGGUUGCCACAACAACGGGCUUGCCGGAAAGGCUGCCAUUGAAGAGGUGCUGCAUUUGCCGCACGAUAGGUGUAAUCACGGAUGUUCGCACAAACCCAGUGUACGGACCCAGCUGAUCGAAGAGCCCCAAUGAGAUGGAUCCCUGCGCGUCCCACAGCCAGUUUGGCGGAACCUUGUGGCAAAUGAAGGCGAUCCAAUCGACGUCAAAAUUUAGGUGGACGCCGACGAAGGCCUCGCGGUACGGGUCAAAGCUCCGCUCACUCGCAUACCAUGGCUGCGGCUUCACUUUGAGGAAGGAGGCAAGACCAUGCGCCUGAUCUUUCCCUAUGGGCGAUGCGCGGCCCUCCGCCCUCAUGCUCGCUGCUUUGACACAGCUGUAAGGCACGAUAUGGGUCGAGUUGCACUCUGGCACUUUCUUCAGCGCAACCAUAGAGCGCCAAUCACACGAUUCGUUGGCUUUCUGCAUGUCGGUGAGCAGGAGGCCGGCAACGUGGAAGCCUUGGGUGCAUGCCUGGCGCACCACACUCCCAAAUCUGGCGAGCUGGUUCACAAUCCCGCGCUGGAGCAGAAGCGUUCGCGGCAC